AUGCGAUCGCCACGGUUGCUGCGCUCGGGCUCUUCCUCGCCAAGAGGAACACAACCAGAGCUCAGGAGAGGUUUAUCGGAGAAGUUGUUUGCAUUCGGUGUGCCUAGUUUUGCAGCCUGCCUUUCUUUGGUUGGACUAAGUAUGCUAGCUAAGAAGAAAUUUGAAGGGAAGGAUGUUGAGAAUUAUGAACUAUUCUUCAUAUGCUCCCAGUUUAUUGCAUGGAUGUCUGUAAGUCUUGUCCAUGUCAGUGGGACUUGGUUUGAAAUCCUCUAUAACCCAAUAAUGUGCUUCUGCUGGAUCUUGAAGAUUAUUCUAGAGAUACCUCAUUUGCAAUACAAGCUUACGUUACUAAAGGCAAUGCCAUCUUUUAUGGAGAUUAUCUCAUUUUGUACUGCAACCACAUUUGGACUCUUUGUUAUUGUGGCUGCUGUAGUAGGCAACAAAAGAGAAGUGAACUCUAUUGAAGCCCCACUCAUUCUAAAUGAUGAAAAAGCUGAGGGUGAAAUAACAAACAUGAUAAAGGACUACAAUUUGUGGGAACUGUUGACUUUCAAAUUCGUUAAUCCAGUGAUGGACAUUGGUAUCACAAGACAACUUGGCUUCACAGAUUUACUUGAGUUACCAACUGAGCUUAGAGCUACCUCCUGUUAUGACAAACUUCUGUCUUCCUGGACUGCUGAAUAUCAAAACCACCAUGACAACUCAUCUCUACUUAGAGCCAUGUCUUAUUCUUAUGGAUGGACAUACUUGCAUUUGGGACUUCUUAAGGUAUUAAAUGACAGCAUCAGUUUUGUUAGCCCUCUGUUGCUGAACAAGUUUAUAAGACUUCUUCAGGAAGGUUCUGAUGGCAUGGAUGGAUAUAUUCUUGCCAUUUCCUUAGGAUUGACUUCUAUUAUCAAGUCCUUUUUAGAUAGCCAGUACUCCUUUCGUCUAGCAAAGCUCAAGUUGAUGUUACGAUCAAGCAUCAUGGGGAUAAUUUAUCGGAAGUGCCUACUUCUCAGUCUAGCUGAGCGUUCUAGGUUUUCUGAAGGUGAGAUACAGACCUUCAUGUCUGUUGAUGCUGACCGCACAGUAAACUUGUGUAACAGCCUUCAUGAUGCCUGGAGCUUGCCACUGCAGAUUGGAGUUGCUCUUUAUCUGUUAUAUACACAAGUCAAUUAUGCUUUUCUAUCUGGGCUUGCAAUAACAAUCAUACUAAUACCAGUGAACAAAUGGAUUUCUACAAGGAUUGCUGGUGCAACAGAAAAGAUGAUGAAGCAAAAAGACAGAAGGAUAAGCUGUGCAGGGGAGCUCUUAGCACAUAUUAGAACAGUGAAGAUGUACAGCUGGGAGAAACUAUUCACUGAACGUUUGGUGGAAAGAAGAGAAUCAGAAGUGAAGCAUCUCGCGACUAGAAAAUAUCUGGAUGCUUGGUGCGUCUAUUUCUGGGCAACCACACCGACAUUGUUCUCCCUUUUCACCUUUUCAAUUUUUGCAAUUAUGGGACACACAUUGGAUGCUGCCACGGUAUUUACUUGUGUUGCGCUCUUUAACACACUAAUAUCACCGUUAAACUCAUUUCCAUGGGUUAUUAAUGGGAUGAUUGAUGCUGUUAUCUCUAGCAGACGGCUGAGUAAUUAUUUAUCUACUCCAGAACAUCACUCGUCCGAGUUUACUGCCUCUGCUGACCUUUUAAACCACCACUUUAAGAGAGACACCGAAGUAACUCAUAAUCUAAUGGCCGUCGUCCUUCAGAAUGUAUCCUGUUCUUGGUCUAGCAGCUCUGUUGCUGAGCCGAGCAUAGUUCUCAGAGAUAUAUCUUUGCAGCUACAAAAAGGGCUCUUUAUUGCAAUUGUAGGCGAGGUUGGUUCUGGUAAAUCAUCUUUGUUGAACACAGUCAUUGGAGAGACUCAUGUCAUCGGUGGUUCUAUUAGCUCCUGUGGUUCAAUUGCCUAUGUACCACAGGUACCAUGGAUCUUAUCUGGCUCUUUACGAGAUAAUAUUUUGCUUGGGAAAGAAUUUGAUCCGAGGAGAUACGAAGAAGUAAUAGAGGCAUGUGCGCUUCGUGUUGACAUAUCGGCAAUGGCCAGAGGAGAUAUGUCACAUAUUGGAGAGAAAGGCACCAACUUAUCUGGUGGACAGAGAGCUCGUCUGGCAUUGGCAAGGGCUUUAUACCACAAUUCUGAUGUAUACUUGUUUGAUGACAUCCUUAGCGCAGUUGACUCCCAAGUUGCUUCGUGGAUCCUGGAAAAGGCUGUUAUGGGGCACCAAUUAAUGCAGAAAACAAGAUUACUAAGCACGCACAAUCUUCAGGCCAUUGCUGCUGCAGAUAUGAUUGUAGUCAUGGCUAAUGGGCUCAUUAAGUGGUUCGGGACACUGGAAUCUUUCUUGGCAACUCCAUAUUCAAGAAUCUCUAAGCCAGAUAAUUCGAGUCCUACCUCAUAUGCAGCUUCUGUGAAAGAUAAAACACCAAUGGUAACAUGUGAACUGAAAACUGAUGAUAUACUUGAAGAUUUAGUGGUUUCUUAUGAGGAGACAACAGAUCAGGUAGAAGAAGAGGCAAGGAAACAAGGCAAGGUUGAGCUCGGUGUCUACAAAAAAUAUGCAGCAUUUGCGGGGUGGUCAGCUGUUGUUUUAAUAUUCCUAAGUGCAUUCUUAAUGCAAGCAUCUCGUAACGGCAAUGAUCUUUGGUUAACUUACUGGGUUGAUACCAGCACAGGUACCAACAACACAAGAUUUUAUCUGAUUAUCCUUGCUAUGUUUGGCAUCAUCAAUUCUCUUUUCACUUUGGGAAGGGCAUUUUCUUUUGCAUUCGGUGGCCUCCGUGCAGCAAUCCAUAUUCAUGCAUCUCUUCUUGAAAAUAUCAUCAGUGCCCCGAUCUGUUUCUUUGACCAAAAUCCCAGUGGUCGGAUCCUAAACAGAUUAUCGUCAGACCUCUACACCGUUGAUGAUUCUCUUCCUUUCAUCCUCAAUAUAUUUGUGGCCAACUUCUUCAGCUUACUCGGCACUCUGGUUGUUUUGUCUUAUUCACAGGUUUCCUUCUUACUCAUCUUACUUCCACUCUGGCUUAUCUAUAGGAAGCUGCAGUUCUAUUACAGGUCUACCUCACGUGAAGUACGGCGACUUGAUAGCGUUGCUCGUUCACCAAUCUAUUCAUCUUUCACAGAGACACUUGAUGGUUCAUCAACAAUAAGAGCUUUCCAGAAUGAAGGGUUCUUCUUGGAAAGAUUCAUCCAACAUGUGACACUAUAUCAGAAAACAUCCUACUCUGAGCUCAUUGCUAGUUUGUGGCUCUCGCUGAGACUCCAGUUGUUGGCAGGUUUUAUCAUUCUGUUUAUCGCCAUGAUGGCCACUAUCAGCUUCCAAAGCAGUUCUCUUGUCAACUUAGCGACACCUGGACUGGUGGGCCUGGCUUUAUCAUAUGCAGCACCUGUAGUAUCGUUGCUGAAUGGCUUCUUAACCACCUUUACAGAGACAGAAAAGGAAAUGAUCUCCGUGGAAAGGGUUGACGAGUACAUUGGCAUACCUCAAGAAGAACUCCAGGGAUCAGAACCUCCACCGAGAAACUGGCCAACGGAAGGGAAGAUUGAGUUUGAACAUGUAACACUGAAGUACAAGCCAGAGCUACCACCUGCUUUAAGUGACGUUUCGUUCCUUAUUGCAUCAGGCAUGCAGGUUGGAAUAAUAGGAAGGACUGGAGCAGGCAAAUCAAGUAUACUGAAUGCACUUUUCCGCUUAGUUCCAAUUUGCAACGGUCGCAUCUUAGUAGAUGGCAUUGAUUUGGCUAAAGUUGCCGUCCGAGAACUCCGUGGACAUUUUGCAGUAGUUCCACAGAGCCCCUUUUUGUUUGAUGGGUCUUUGAGGGAAAACCUGGAUCCUUUCAAUACAACAACAGAUCUCAGGAUAUGGGAAGUUCUUGAAAACUGCCAUAUGAAGGGAGAGGUAGAAUCAAUAGGUGGACUCGACAUCCAUGUGAAAGAAAGCGGUGCAUCUUUUUCAGUAGGGCAGCGACAGCUCCUAUGCCUUGCCCGUGCCAUCCUAAAAUCGUCCAAGGUGCUUUGUCUAGAUGAGUGCACAGCCAAUGUUGACAACCAAACAGCCUUCCUGUUGCAAAAUACUAUUUCUACUGAAUGCAAAGGCAUGACUGUUCUCACCAUAGCACAUCGUAUUUCAACAGUGAUGAAGAUGGACAAUAUUCUAGUUCUUGAUCAAGGAAAACUGGUUGAAGAAGGAAACCCAGAAGCCCUUAUGAAUCACAGACUCUCAAGAUUCGCUCAGUAUGCCAAGGCAUCUCAGAUGUGA